UUUGUCUCUGUUGUGUUGAAGACCAAUCCACCAGGAGAGACCAGCCUCCCCUGUUCCCAGCUGUGUGUCCAUGAAGAGUGACCAGUCUAUGGAUCAACCUAUGACCUUUAGAGAGGGAGACUUUUCUACUGAACAAAGAAACCAACAGGAGAGAUCAGAGUCAGAGAUUCUCAGUGGUCAGUCUUCCCAGAGUCAUCAAACAGACCUGGCCUCCAUAUUCAGUUUGCUUGAAGAGAAAAUGAUGACAUUUGUGAAGAACGAGCUGAAGAUGUUCAAGAGGAUUCUUAGUCCAGAAUUCCCAGAAGGCUUUGAGAGUCAGAAGCAGGACAAGGAAGUGGUGGACGCUGAAGAUGAGAAGCAGGAGAGCAGUGCCAGAGAGGGGGCUCUGAAGAUCACACUGCACAUCCUGAGGAAAAUGAACCAGAAGGAGCUUGCUGACACACUGGAGAAAUAUUCAGAUGAGCUUGCUGUGAUUUGCCAACGUGAACUCAAAUCUAAUCUAAAGAAGAAUUUUCAAUGUGUAUUUGAGGGGAUCGCUAAACAAGGAAACCCAACACUUCUCAAUAAGAUCUACACAGAGCUCUACAUCACAGAGGGUGGAACAGGAGAGGUCAAUAAUGAACAUGAGCUGAGACAGAUUGAGACAACAACCAGAAAACAAGCAAGACCAGAGACUGCAAUCAAAUGUAACGACAUCUUCAAACCCUUAACUGGACAAGACAAACCUAUCAGAACUGUGCUGACAAAGGGAGUCGCUGGCAUUGGAAAAACAGUCUCUGUGCAGAAGUUCAUUCUGGACUGGGCUGAAGGAAAAGCAAAUCAGGAUGUCCAAUUUGUAUUUUCAUUCCCUUUUCGGGAGCUGAAUUUGAUGAAAGGGGACAAACACACUUUCAUUGAACUUCUCAAUCACUUCUCAAUGGAAACUAAACAAUCAGGAAUCUCCAACUACGACAAGUACAAAGUUCUGUUCAUAUUUGAUGGUCUGGAUGAGUGCCGACUGCCCCUAGACUUCCAGAAGAACAAGAUCUGUUGUGACGUCACAGAGUCAACCUCAGUGGAUGUUCUGCUGACAAAUCUCAUCAAGGGAAAUCUGCUUCCCUCUGCUCUCCUCUGGAUAACUACCCGACCUGCAGCAGCCAAUAAGAUCCCUUCAGGGUGUGUUGACCAGGUGACAGAGGUACGAGGGUUCAAUGACCCACAGAAGGAGGAGUACUUCAGGAAGAGAUUCAGGGAUGAGGACCUGGCCAGCAGAAUCAUCUCACACAUAAAGACAUCAAGGAGCCUCCACAUCAUGUGCCACAUUCCAGUCUUCUGUUGGAUUUCUGCAACAGUCCUUGAACACAUGUUGAGUACAGACAAGAGAGAAGAGAUGCCCAAGACUCUGACUGAGAUGUACACACACCUUGUGGUGUUUCAUACCAAACAGAAGAAUGAAAAGUAUCUUGGGAAAGAAGAGACAGAUCCACACUGGAAUAAAGAGAGCAUUCUGUCACUGGGAAAACUGGCUUUUCAACAGCUUGUGAAGGGCAAUCUGAUUUUCUAUGAAGAAGACCUGAAAGAGGCUGGCAUUGAUGUCAAUGAAGCCUCAGUGUACUCAGGAUUGUGCACACAGCUCUUUAAAGAGGAAUGUGGGCUGUACCAGUACAAGGUGUACUGCUUUGUUCAUCUGAGCAUUCAGGAGUUUCUGGCUGCUGUAUAUGUGUUCCUCUCAUUCAUAAACAACAAUGAGAAUCUAAUGGACAAACUGCAAACAAACAACAAGCCUGAAGUUACUGUCUACAAGAGUGCUGUGGAUAAAGCCUUACAAAGUGAGACGGGAAACCUGGACCUUUUCCUCCGCUUCCUUCUGGGCCUCUCACUGGAGUCCAAUCAGAAGCACUUACAAGGUCUACUGACAAAGACAAGAAGCAGCUCACAGAGCCAUGAAGAAACAGUCAAGUACAUCAAGAAGAAGAUCAGGAAGAAUCCCUCUCCAGAGAGGAGCAUCAAUCUGUUCCACUGUCUGAAUGAACUGAAUGACCAUUCUCUAGUGGAGGAGAUCCAAAGCUACCUGAGAUCAGGAAGUCUCUCAGAAGAUGAACUGUCACCUGCACAGUGGUCAGCUCUGGUCUUUGUGUUGCUGACUUCAGAAAAGGAUCUGGAUGUGUUUGACCUGAAGAAAUACUCCAGAUCAGAGGAAGGUCUUCUGAGGCUGCUGCCAGUGGUCAAAGCCUCCAGAGCUGUUCUGCUGUCAGGCUGUGGAGUCACAGAGGAAGGCUGUGCUUCUCUGGUCUCAGCUCUGAGGUCAAACCCCUCACACCUGAGAGAGCUGGACCUGAGCUACAAUCACCCAGGAGACUCAGGAGUCAGACUGCUCUCUGCUGGACUGGAGGAUCCACACUGCAGACUGGAGAAACUCAAGUUGUCAGGCUGUCUAGUCACAGAGGAAGGCUGUGCUUCUCUGGUCUCAGCUCUGAGGUCAAACCCCUCACACCUGAGAGAGCUGGACCUGAGCUACAAUCACCCAGGAGACUCAGGAGUCAGACUGCUCUCUGCUGGACUGGAGGAUCCACACUGCAGACUGGAGAAACUCAAGCUGUCAGGCUGUGGAGUCACAGAGGAAGGCUGUGCUUCUCUGGUCUCAGCUCUGAGGUCAAACCCCUCACACCUGAGAGAGCUGGACCUGAGUAACAAUGACCUGAAGGAUUCAGGAGUGAAGCUGCUCUCUGCUGGACUGGGGAAUCCCCACUGUAAACUGGAGACUCUGAGGCUGUCAGGCUGUCUAGUCACAGAGGAAGGCUGUGCUUCUCUGGUCUCAACUCUGAAGUCAAAACCCUCACACCUGAGAGAGCUGGAUCUGAGUAACAAUGACCUGAAGGAUUCAGGAGUGAAGCUGCUCUCUGCUGGACUGGGGAAUCCCCACUGUAAACUGGAGACUCUGAGGCUGUCAGGCUGUCUAGUCACAGAGGAAGGCUGUGCUUCUCUGGUCUCAGCUCUGAGGUCAAACCCCUCACACCUGAGAGAGCUGGAUCUGAGGAACAAUGACCUGAAGGAUUCAGGAGUGAAGCUGCUCUCUGCUGGACUGGGGAAUCCCCACUGUAAACUGGAGACUCUGAGGCUGUCAGGCUGUCUGGUCACAGAGGAAGGCUGUGCUUCUCUGGUCUCAGUUCUGAGGUCAAACCCCUCACACCUGAGAGAGCUGGACCUGAGCUACAAUCACCCAGGAGACAAAGGAGUCAGACUGCUCUCUGCUGGACUGGAGGAUCCACACUGCAGACUGGAGAAACUCAAUGUGGAACAUGGUGGAGAGAACAGAAUGAAACCUGGGCUUAGAAAAUAUGUCUGUGAUCUCACACUGGACCCAAACACAGUAGACAGAUGCCUCUCUCUGUCUGAGGAGAACAGAAAGGUGACAUGGAGGAGAGAGGAACAGCCGUAUCCUGAUCACACAGAGAGAUUUGAGGACUGUGGACAGGUGCUGUGUAGAGAGGGUCUGACUGGGCGCUGUUACUGGGAGGUAGAGUGGAGUGGGAGAGGGGCUGAUAUAGGAGUGACAUAUAAAGGAAUCAACAGGAGAGGAAGGGGUCUUGAUUGUUGUCUUGGAUGGAAUGACAAGUCCUGGAGUCUGUUCUGCUCUCACAACAGUUACAUUGCCUGGCACAAUGAGAAUCCCACUACCAUAGUCGUCCCCUCCUCCAGCUCCCACAGAGUAGGAGUGUAUCUGGACUGGCCAGCCGGCACUCUGUCCUUCUAUAGAGCCUCCUCUGACACACUGACCCACCUGUACACAUUCACCUCCACAUUCACUGAGCCCCUCUAUCCUGGGUUUAGGGUUCAUGAUGAUUCCUCAGUGACUCUGUAAAUAAUAACCUUAAACACAUACACACACACACUACACUCACACACUGGACACACAAACACACAGGACACACACACACACACACUGGACACACACACACACACACUCACACACUGGACACACAAACAUACAGGACACACACACACAAACACACAGGACACAUACACACACGCUGGACACAGACUCAGACUGACACAUACACACACAUACAUAUUGGCACACACACACACUGGACACACACAAACACACAGAGGACACACACACUCACAUACACAAUCACACAGCGGACACACACAAUCAAACAGAGGACACACACUCACUGACAUACACGCUGGACACUCACACACACAGGACACACACAGAGGGCACACACUGACACACACACACACAUUUACACGUAGAGGACACACACACACAGUGGACACACACUAGACACACACACACACACACACGGAGGAUGCACUGAGACACACACACACAGGACAAACACACACAUACUGUUGGGUUUAUUUUUUUGUUCAGCAUAAGCUACGGACAACGAACACAAGUACAUUUUAUCGAUGGCAAUUUGAACAUGAUGAGAUCCCAUUGUGGUGCCAUUCAUCCACCGCCAUCACCUCAUGUUUCAGCAUGAUAAUGCACAGAGAUACCGUGAUAAGAUCCCAUUGUGGUGCCAUUCAUCUGCUGCCAUCACCUCAUGUUUCAGCAUGAUAAUGCACGGUCCGAUGUGGCAAGCAUUUGUACACAAUUUCUGGGAGCUGAAAAAAACACAGUUCUUCCAUGGCCUGACUACUCACUAGACAUGUCACCCAUUGAGCAUGUUUGGGAUGCUCUGGAUAGACAUGUCACCUAUUGAGCAUGUUUGGGAUGCUCUGUAUAGACAUGUCAUCUAUUGAGCAUGUUUGGGAUGCUCUGGAUAGACAUGUCACCCAUUGAGCAUGUUUGGGAUGCUCUGGAUAGACAUGUCACACAUUGAGCAUGUUUGGGAUGCUCUGGAUAGACAUGUCACCCAUUGAGCAUGUUUGGGAUGCUCUGGAUAUACAUGUCACCCAUUGAGCAUGUUUGGGAUGCUCUGGAUAGACAUGUCACCUAUUGAUUAUGUUUGGGAUGCUCUGGAUAGACAUGUCACCUAUUGAGCAUGUUUGGGAUGCUCUGGAUAGAUGUGUACGACAGCGUGUUCCAAUUCCCGCCAAUAUCCAGCAACUUUGAACAGCCAUUGAAAAGGACUGGGUCAACAUUCCACAGGCCACAAUUAACAGCCUGAUCAACUCAAGGUGAAGGAGAUGUGUCGCGCUGCAUGAGGCAAAUGGUGGUCACACCAGAUACUGACUGGUUUUCUGAUCCACACUCCUACUGUUUUAUUUUAAGGUGUCUGAUAAUCAUAUUCAUAUCUGUAUUCCCAGUCAUGUGAAAUCCAUAGACUAGGGCCUAAUGAAUUUAGUAUUUCAAAUGACUGUCCUUAUGUGAACUGAAACUCACUAAAAUGCUUGAAAUUGUUGAAUGUUGGGUUUAUUUUAUUGUUCAGUUUAAUAAAAAGAUCAGUAUUCAA